CUCAUAUUUAGGGCUUAAUUUUUUUGAUCACAUAUGCAACGACUCUAUACAAGUAUACACCAUUGCACGAUUCCAUAAUACUUUCACCUAAUCUACCCAUAACAAGAUGAUUUCACUACAUUUACCGUCUCAUUUUCACUGACUUGUGUUCAUCCUACAUGAUUAGAUCACUCUUACCAUGAAUACAUAAUCAACAAACAUGUCCCACAAUAUAUCCAAACCAACUUGCAUUGAAAUUAUUAUUCUUCCAAUCCGAAGUUGUGGGCGGAGACAUGGCUUGGCAUUCAUAUCUAUCGGUCCACAUCCUCAUCCUUAAAACCCAAACCUCGAGAAUGAUGAAGCAAAUCAAUGGCGGUUUGCAUCGACGUGUCACCUCAUCUCCAUUUACAAGGGAAGAAGAGGUUGCGGUGACGCAACUCCCAGUCUUUCCUUGACUAGCGUGCCACCAUUUCUCAGCUCAGCAAUAAUAGCCGGGGCUAUCAACAACCCUUGAUCGACGGCUAGGAUUCUCUCCAUUUCCCGACGAAAGGCUGAUCUCCACCGUGGACUAUGCCGCGCCGGUAAAUUUCCCCCCUCAUCAAUUACCUAAUCACCAUUAUAGUUUGGAAUACGAACAUAUUGCUUGAGAAACUUUCAUCUUUCGACGACCUAUGUUGAAAGCGAUUUAAAAACUACCAUCUACGAAUUGUUUCAUCAAGUAAAGUACGUAUAUCACAACCGCUUCAUCACACGAUGCUUGAUGUCUUUGUGGGUGCUUUACUUCAAGAAAUAACAUUUUGUUCAUUUGAAGAGUUUAUUCUUUCGUGUUCCUAUUUGUCUAUUUUUCUGUACGUACAAUUUUUUUUUUGUCAAAAUGAAUUUGAAUAAUACUUUUUCAACUAUAUUUUUAAAUUUUCAAUUUUGGUUUAAUCUCAACUGUAAAAUCAAAUUUUCUUCUAUGCUUCACUUUUUUUUAUCUGAAACGCCUAGCUCAACGUGUGUCAUAUCAUUCAAGUUAAACAUCUAUCAUAUCAUAUAGACCAUAUGAUAACUGCUCGGAUUGAAAAGAGGAGUCUGAGGUGUUUUUGUGGGCAAUGCACGAUCGCAACCAAAUCGAGUAAUAAUCAAUUUGAUUUAGGUUCGACACGAGGUCAAAUGAGUGAUUCAAAUUGGCCGAUUAAUAUUUUAUGUGAAUAUUUAAAUGCUAAUUAGGUCAAGCUGACACACAAAUAUCAAUAUAGAUGUUUGCUUUAGAGUAACUAAAUAGAUGAAAUGAUUUCGAUUUAUAUUAGUUAUUUCAAACAUCAGUGGCUAGAUUUGUUGGAGAUUAAAGUUCGCAGAUCAAAUUGUUAUUCACCCCCAAAGAGAAAUGGCAAUUUACGCAAUUGAACCGAUCUCCCUCUCUCUCCUACCCGCCGCGGCGAUCCCGCGAUUUUAAGAAAAUGAAAUUAAUAAAAGUAAAAAAAGGAAAGCAAUAUAAACGCGAAUAACAAACAGCGAUCUCCAUCUUCUUCUUCUUCUUCUUCUUCUUCUUCCCCUGUUUUCCCGUCUUUCCUGUCAGAAGUAGCGGAACCCAACCGAAGGCCAGACAUAAUUCAACGCGAAGCACGGAGGAAACAAAUGGCGUCAAAAUCGUUCUCUUCUUCUUCAUCUUCAGGCUGUUCGCCGGCAAGUGAUCGGCGAAUAAGCGUUCUAGCAAGGCACCUGGUGGCCGAGAAUGCACUCUCCUCCUCCCCCAUCUAUGCUUCUCCUACUUCUUCUGCCAACUCCGUCUUCGCCCACAUCGCUCGUGGGCCCGAAGACCCAAUUCUCGGGGUGACGGUAGCAUAUAACAAGGACCCCAGCCCUGUCAAACUCAAUUUGGGCGUGGGUGCUUAUCGAACUGAGGAAGGGAAGCCUCUUGUUCUGAAUGUGGUUCGAAAAGCUGAGCAUAUGCUUGUUAAUGACAGGUCCCGGGUUAAGGAGUACCUUCCAAUUGUAGGACUGGCUGACUUCAACAAACUGAGUGCAAAGCUAAUCUUCGGUGCUGAUAGCCCAGUGAUCCGCGAGAAUAGGAUCACCACAGUUCAGUGCUUGUCGGGCACCGGCUCGCUAAGGGUUGGAGGUGAAUUCCUGGCCAAGCAUUAUCACCAACGAACGAUAUACAUUCCCCUGCCUACGUGGGGUAACCACCCUAAGGUUUUCACCUUGGCCGGGUUGUCAGUGAAGACAUAUCGUUACUAUGAUCCGGCAACUCGUGGAUUGAACUUCCAAGGCUUAAUGGAAGAUCUUGGCUCUGCCCCUUCUGGCGCCAUCAUACUACUUCAUGCAUGUGCUCACAACCCGACAGGAGUGGAUCCUACUCCUCAACAGUGGGAGCAGAUCAGACGCUUGAUGAGAUCGAAAGCAUUGAUGCCUUUCUUUGACAGUGCCUAUCAGGGUUUUGCAAGUGGGAGUUUAGAUGAAGAUGCUCAGCCUGUGCGCAUGUUUGCUGCCGAUGGAGGGGAGCUUCUUGUAGCUCAAAGUUAUGCCAAAAACAUGGGCCUCUAUGGGGAGCGUGUUGGUGCAUUGAGCAUUGUCUGCAAGGAUGCUGAUGUUGCAGGCAGGGUUGAGAGCCAGCUGAAGCUUGUGAUUAGGCCCAUGUACUCCAAUCCACCUAUCCAUGGUGCAUCAAUUGUGGCUGCCAUCUUGAAAGAUGGAAACUUGUACAAUGAAUGGACCAUAGAGCUGAAGGCAAUGGCUGACCGGAUUAUCAGCAUGCGCAAGCAGCUCUUUGAUGCCCUCCGUGCCAGAGGUACACCUGGUGACUGGAGUCACAUCAUCAAGCAAAUCGGGAUGUUCACCUUCACUGGUCUGAACUCUGAGCAGGUGGCUUUCAUGACCAGGGAGUACCACAUUUAUAUGACAUCCGACGGGCGGAUUAGCAUGGCAGGUUUAAGCUCGAAGUCCGUUCCUCACCUUGCUGAUGCCAUCCAUGCAGCUGUCACUCGCAUGAAGUAAUGCAUUCAUUGUCAACAGCAAACUCCUCAAUAUGGUCUUCUGUUGUGUUCUUAUAAGCUCAAUUUGCCUGGCAAGGGCGAAACGUAAGUGUACUUGGUGGGAGAUUCAGAAUAAAAUUUUGCAAAAUAAACAAGGGGUUGGAAA